CACAUGGCUGAAGUUAGGAUGCGACUAAAACAGCGAUAAACGCGGAUAAGGUCGUCUCGGUGUGAGGACAAGGUGGAGGGUUAGGAACCGAAAGUUUUCUGUGGAUACAGGAAUAGACUUUUAGUUAAACAGUUUUGCAGGGUUUUUUUUUUCCAGUUUAUUUUGGAUGGAGGAGUGAAACACCCGGCGCGCGUGAGUUGAGUGCGGUUUAGAAUAAACUCGCGUGCAAAAAUAUCGCGUUUUGUUAAAUAAUAAUAAUAAAACAACUUAAAUAAACGCCAAAAGACUGUGUUUUGGAGAUGCGGUGGAUUUGGAUAGUGACUGUGACACUGUUGGUGUUGGUGAUGAUGUUUUCUCUGGGCAUCUGGAGGACGGAACAGGGGUGUUGUGCGUCUGCAAGCGGAGGACCGAGAGAAUCACCAGUUCGAGCCAAACGUUACGCCAUUAACCCGCUGGGCUACAAGUGGCAACACUUCAACAUCACCUACAAGAUCAUUACGUUUCCCAAUACGCUAAGCAAGGAUGAUACCCGUAAAGCCAUCAGUAUUGCCUUCAACAAGUGGAGCGAUGUUUCGCCAUUGACUUUUGCAGAGAUCACAGACCCCAACACGAGUGCUGAUAUCACCAUAGGUUUCUACAUGUUUAAUCACACAGACUGCUGGUGGUCUCCACUGCACCCCUGCUUCGAUGGGCUGAACGGAGAGCUGGCUCAUGCCUUCCUGCCCCCGAGAGGGGAGAUUCACUUUGACAACCACGAGUUCUGGAUCUUGGGCAAAUCUCGUUUCAGCUGGAAACAGGGUGUAUGGCUGAAUGACCUGGUUCAGGUGGCAGCUCAUGAGAUCGGACAUGCUCUCGGUUUGUGGCAUUCACGUGACCCCGGUGCUCUGAUGCACCCCAACGCAACAUACACGGGACAGCGAGACAUCGCUCAGGAUGAUAUCUGGGGAAUUCAGCGUCUUUAUGGCUGCUUGGAUAAGAAGCGUGUGUGCGACCCCUGGGCGCGGUUAGGCUUCUGCGAGAGUAGACGGAGCUUCAUGAAGAAACACUGCCCUCAGCGCUGUGACCUGUGUUACGAGCCCCCGGAAGCUGGGUCUACUCCCACUCCUCCUCCUGCCAACGUCAAGAUCAAGAUGGUGCCUCGGGGAAAAGUCGUGGGCUUCCGCUGUGGGACCAAAAACACAAAAGUGCCUCCAAAAGUCAGGUGGUAUAAAGACGGAGAACAGCUGCUGACCUCCAUCCCCGGCUACAUCUCCAUCAAAGACCGUAACCUGCGCAUCGUGGCUAACGAGUUCAACGAGGGAACAUAUACUUGCCAGAUCCACCGGCGUGGCAGUGUCAUUUCAGCUAACUCGUGGGCCAUCAGGCUGAAACCGGAACGUUCCUCGAACAACAGUUGAUGAUGGAGUGACGGAGACCUUACACUACCUCCUGCACUCUCGACCCCUCCGAAUGAGUCAUUACCUCACAUUCAGGCUCUCUGUGGAGGAUUUCAUGGACUGGAAUUAUUCAGAAAUGCUUCAGAAGACUCGAGUUGAAACACAAGGGAGUAACCUAAGCAUUAAGGGGUUUUUUUUGUUUGUUGUUUUUCUUUGUUUUUUUAAAUAAGUAUGGAUAUUAUUGACUUAUUACUUUGUUUCUUUACUGGACACAAGUUUUACAAAGAAGUACUUUUUAUUCUUUGAACCUCAUUACAGCAAAAGUAGUGACCUAAGACAGAAUUAGCAGUUAUAGAAAUGUCUUUAUAUGAGAAUAUUUUUUUUUGUGUUUAUUGCCCAUAUGCAGUAAAGAACAUACUGAA